GUCGGUAUUCGAAGCGGUGGAGUGUACUCUAUCGUGCUUUCUGAUCUUCGUAGACGCUUACCUUUACCCUUAAGUUAAGUUUGGGUCCUUAUGCUCAUCAAAUACCCAAGCGCUCAAGGGCAGCUGCAGUAUUUACGUGGCCUGAGGACUCGAUGUUCGAUCAAUCACUACAUAAGGGCCUAGCAUCACCUAGCUAAGAUGGGGGACACGUUACAAUGCCUCAUCCUCGCAAAGUAUGCAACACCUAUUUUUGCAGUUACGAAGUUCGUGCUUGCUUCAUAUCACUGGGCCCCGAUCGCCAACGUUCGUACCAUUGGUGUUACUGCUCGCGAUUAUCCGUAUACACCAAUGGAGCCCGAAUUACAUUCACCCAGGAAUUAGAACUAAUGUUCUUCUGGACAGUUGUCACAGUUCAUCUUUGGCUUAUUACUCCUCCCCUCCUGAUGUUCUGUCAAGCUCAUCACAAUCACUUAUUGCAUUUGGAGUUAUAUGUGUUAUCACAAACUCGUGCACUAUUGUAACACUUAAUGUGUGCAAGUUGUUGUCAGCGAUGUUGACAUUCGCCCUUCCCUCUUUACAUGUCAGUCUAGCCGCUCGAAUUGAUACAUUGUUUGAAGUUUCGCCACUGGGCGUUGCCUGCGCUCUCCCAACUGUUCGCGAAUAUCGACACCCAGCUCUUAGUGACAAGUUCAUUGCCGAGAUCAGUAAAUUAACUUUGCAAGCCCACCAAAUUGUGUGGCCUGAAAGCGCAGUAGUAUUCAGCAGUCAAGAAGAGGGAAGCUGCAUUCGAAGAUAUGCGCAAGGGUGUCCAGAUAUCUGUCGUCAGGAUUGCGUUCGAGAAAUUCAUCCCUCAAGAUCCGUCAAACCUUGGUGGAUAUCGCAUGAGGCGUAAUGGGUUGACGCUCAUUCAUCGCGAACAGAGAAAUGGCCCAGGUUGUCUAGUAUCACAAGCAGAAAUUGAUACCAUGUACGUCCUUCUGUCUAAACACGGUCUUGCUAGUCAUCGGUCUCGCAAUGUGGGAGCAAGCCAGAUUACGUGCUAAUGAAAUUGGCAGCAUGGCGCUGUGGUGCGACGGGAAACGGGAGUCAGCGGCGUUGGAGGUCGGGAUUUCGCAGUUUGUCUCCGGAUCUUGGUCUCGCACCAAUGGCCUGCCGUACUUCCCUUUCCGCCAAGUAAAG